CGGCAGGGCACUGCAGACUUGCAGUCUUCAAUCCACCAACCUUAAGCAAUGGCUGCCAGUGCUCAUUCUCUCUAUAGAAUUCACUUCCAAAUCCCUGAAUUCACAAAACCCAAAACCUCUUCCAAUCGUAAUUCAAUUCCCUUCAUUUCUCUCUCUUCUUUGAGUUCACAAUCUUCAAUUUUAGGAACAUUUGCUCUCUCCUUCCUCCACCCUUCUUCAAGAUUAACUCAUGUAUCUCCAUUUUCAAGUAAAUCUCGCCAUAUUUGUGCUACUAUUGCCUUCAGUCUUCCCACAGGGACUUCAGAGAGGGUUCUUGGUGAUAAAGUUCCCAAGUGGUCAUGGAGGGCUAUAAAAUCGUUUGCUAUGGGUGAAUUGGAAGCUAGGAAGCUCAAGUACCCUACAACUGGGACUGAAGCCCUUCUUAUGGGUAUACUUAUUGAAGGAACUGGGCUUGCUUCAAGGUUUUUAAGGGAACACGGAAUCACACUCACAAAGGUCAGAGAGGAAAGUAUAAAAUUAUUAGGAAAAGGCGAUUUGUACUUCUUCAGCCCAGAGCAUCCCCCUCUGACAGAAUCAGCUCAAAAAGCACUUGAUUGGGCUUUGAAACAUAAGCUGAAAUCUGGUGAAAAUGGAGAAAUUACGACUAUUGAUUUACUUCUUGGCGUAUGGUCUGAAGAGGAAUCAGCUGGUCACAGGAUAUUGGCUGCACUAGGAUUUGACGAUCAGAAAGCUCAAAAGCUUCAAUCAUUUAGUUCCAAGCCUGGCUUUGAUGAAGGGUAAUCCAUAAGAUACUAAUUUGUGUCAAUAUCUCUUAUAUCUCAUGUUAUCAAAUCAUGCAGUGUGCUUAAAUCAAAUUCUCAUCCAUUCUUCAUUAGUUAAGGUCUUUCUCUCCACAAACUUGAUGGAAAAAUUACCAAAUAGAGAAGCCACGAUUUCAUAUUUUCCAAAAUUUGUGAUUUUGCAAAACGUGAAUAUUGUAUGUAGCUUUAUUUUUUUGUUGUCAAUACUUCAUUUUGUGAAAUCUUUAUAGUAUAGCAUUUUGAAAUUGGAAUUGCUUGCGAGCUAAAGUUUAUGUUA